AUGGACAAAAUCAAUGCCAAGUAUGAUGAUCAACGCAAAUUUGAUAUUGAAAUGCUGAAUCAUCAAUUUAAUGAAAAGGUUAUUCACAUGCGUUGCAAAAUUGAGGAGGAAGUUUUUAAUGAAUACUGUCGAAAGCUUGAGGAUUUCAAGAAGCAUGCGCAAUUGGAAAUGAAAAAUGAACUCGAAAUGAUGACAAACGCUGCUCUAAAGGAGAAACAGUUACAACUGGAAGAAGCUUAUUCGAUUAAGAUGUCGAUCCUAGAAGAACGAGAAAAUCGUUUAAACGAAAUGAUGACGAGAUCAAAAGAGACAAAUGAACAGCAUGCACUUCUCCAGAGACAGGUCCUUACCGCAGAAUUGGAGGCUGCUCGUGCGAAAAAGGAAAAGUUGCGUCAGAUGGAAAUGGCUCUAGAAAGACAAAGAAAGGAGCUUCAAGAGGGUUACAGUAGACGGCAGGCCCAGCUACAAGUUGAAGAAGAAAAGCUACUUGAAAGAAAACAGGCGUUUGAAGGUCUUUUACGUCAGGAGGUCGAACGGCUACGAAAGUGUGACGAACUGGAGAUAAUUGACAGGAGGAAGGAUAUUGAAAUCGCCGAGUCUCAAAUCAAGGUUGAAAAAGAGACGCUGGACGCUAAAGUGCAGCACAUGGCGGCACUCCAAAAAGACUUAGCCGAAAAGUCGGCUCUUUUCACUGAAAUGGAAUUAACUGAUUAUCAAACGUUGAAAAUGAAGUUUAAAGCAGCCUCUCAUGAAGCUAGUACCUUGAAGGGACGACUUAAAGAAGCAUUUGAGGAGAUUGGGCGUUUGAAGGAAGGCGAGUUUUGA